UUUUAUUUUUGGCUUUAUUAUUAAUGCUUUCAGAAAAUAGUUUAAUUUUACUUCAUCUAGUAUUGGGUUUUUUUGUGGGGGGGGAAUCCAGUGUUCAGUUUUCUACAGCAUCAAAAUUCUGAUAAUAUGUACCUUUGUUGUCAAUGUGAUGUCUUUGCUCUUUACUUAGAUUUGUCAUUGUUUGUCCCAAGUACCAGCUAUCUUUUUCAGAUCUAGAAUCACUGUCCCUCUCUUACGUCUUACUUCUUCUUCAGCUACUUGCCUUGAGUUACCAUUGCCUGUUAACUAUCUUAGGUAUUUUUAAUAUUGAGGAGACACUAGUUUUUGUACACUUUUUUUUUCUUCAUGGUCAGCAAUGGAUUCCUUUCACUUUCCUUGCUUCUAGCCAUUCAAGAGGCAUUGGUAUAUCUGUGAUUGAUGUUUCUCCCAGAAAUUUUAAUUACAAUUGUUUUUCAAAUCUGGCAUAUAUGAUGAUAUAUUAUGCAUAAAUAAUUAAGAGAGCAUCCAAUCUUAGCCCACCCCUUUCCCACUUUUGAGCCAUUUAGAUAGCCAAUAUUAUUAUAUCCUGAUCAUCAGACAGUAUGUUUUAUUCCCUAGGCAGGUAGCCUUAUACAUACAUGCUUUCAUGGACUGUCCACACCUUGUCAUCACAGUUGAAAGUUUUUAUAAAAUCAAUAAGACAUUUUUAUUGAACUCCCUUGUCAUCUGGAGUAUUCAUCGAAUAUUUGCAAUAGGAUCCUGGGCCCCUUGAUUCUUUUGCAACAACAGUAUCUGGCACUUUUCAUUCUCAAUUACUAUUAUUAAACAAGCAAACUGGAAAACAUGCAUGCAAAACGCCCUCCUACCAAUAGCAUGGGGAGGUUUUCUCAAAGAUGCAGGUUACAGUUUUAAUUGCAGGGAUCAUCAUUUACUAAUCCUCAUAAACUAUGAAGCACAUUUUACAAAAAUGGAAUUUUUGGCAAACGAAACUACUUCAGAGUUCAGUUUCUACAUUUCCAUAAAACUGGAGUAAACUCUGAUAAAAGUCAAUCUGUAAAAGGCGGCGGCUGCCAUGCGCGUAUCCCUCUUGAGCUUCCCGGCUGAACCGGGAUUUAAGCCCGGAUGCAUCAUAGAGAUGGCGCCAAUUCUGCCAGUUCGGAGCUGGCAUCAAGACGAACCCAUCAUUUGUAAACCUUGUUGAUUUAGCUAUGUCGCGAAUAAUAAACCCCUUAACGCAGAUUUCCAAGGUGGUCAACUUAGAAUAGUAAGAGCAGCGAGGCAAAUUCGAGAGCAAGUCUCGCCAUCGCUCUGCGGGAAGCAAACGGGGAGGCGGGCGCCGGGCAAAAGCACUCGGAAGUCGGACUCGGCGAGCCUUGAUGCGGAGCGCUUGCCGGAAGGCCCCGUCAAUACCGCGAAGAGAACCGGUUGCACGCCUCAAAAAAGCAAAGGCCAACUCUGCGGGCGCCGGAGCGGGUCUGAAUAAGACCCGAGAUCGGACAUGCAAGAGGACGAACAUGGAGGAGGACCGGGCGCCGGAGGGUCCGCGCUUGGCGAAGGGGAAGGAUUUUGGAGUCAAAAUAUAUUAGAUUAUUUUCUGAAUACCAAGCAAAUUAAAACAAGAGAUGGAGCUGAAAUCAUUUGGUAUCACAGAGCAAACAGCAAGCAACACAUGAAAGACGCAAUACAGAGUGCUGCUCACAUGAUAGAAGCAGAUGUCCUUCUUUAUGGUAAUCACCCAGUCAUGGCUCAUCCGCCUGAAACAAAUAGUGAUAAUACACUCAAAGAAUGGUUAAACGAAAUUAAAAACACCAACAAAGGGAUCAAGCUUGAUUUUAAAAGUCUAGAAGCUGUGAAUCCCUCAAUGAAGCUUCUUGGAGACCUGCAUUUUAGGCAACCUGUUUGGAUUAAUGCAGACAUACUCCUAGGACCAAAAGGAAAUCAUCCGAUAGAUGCAAAGGGAUUCCUGGACACAGUGAUAUCAUCUUUUCCAGAUGUAACUUUAUCUUUGGGAUGGACUACUGGAAGAAUUAAUUCAAAAUGCAAUACAGGUUAUAGUCUAGCCAUGGUACAAGAAAUGGCAGAAAUAUGUAGAGAUCGUACUCAGCCAAUCACAUUUGCUGUAAGAGCUGAUUUGGUUUGUCGGUCAAAAUCUGAACUUCUGUGGUUACUACAGCAAUCAGACAGGUACACGUUAACCAUUUGGACUGGAAAAGAUGAUGAAUAUUCCGUAGAUGAUUUACUCUUCAUCAGACACAGCUUUGAUAAAUGUAGAGUUUUUUAUGAUAUCUUGGAGCCACAAAAUUCUGAAUUCAGAAAAGCCAUAGGAAUAUAAAAAGGACAAAUAAAACAGCUCAGUCAACAAUGUAUUUAGGCUUUAGACUGAGUAUAAAAAUGCAUUAAAUUGAAUUGUACAUUUCUAUCA